GUAAAGUACACCUCAGCAUCAUGGCGGAUAUGACUGAACCUUCUUCUGUGCCGGCUCUCGCUGUAACUGCUGCGGUUGGGGCUGUAGUACUGUUACUGGCUCUUCUGUGUAGUGUGUGGAAAAAAGAUACCAAAGAACAGAAGCAAGACUCGGAUGAAAACCAAGUACCUAAGGCAAAGACAGAACCUGUGAAACAAGAAAAAAAUUCCAAGAAAUCUAAACUGAAUGUUCGAUCAAAGAAACCGCAACAAGUGCAAGUUACUCAUCCAUGGUUGGCAAGUACAUUAAAGGGGAAUAGCAGUGCUGUGUUGGGCAUAGACUUCAGUCCAAAUGGCAAAUAUCUCAUCACAACUGCUGAAGAUCGCUGUGUUAUGUUAUGGAGCACAAAAGAUUUCAACCAGAAGGAACACAAAUUUAUUAAAGGCAUUGUAGAAUUGGAUCAUGGAACACAAGUAAAGUUUAGUCCAGAUACUAAAGCUUUCAUUGUCAGCUUAGCAAAUGACAAUGCACUGCGAGUCUAUAGGAUAGGCAAGAAAGAUGAUGGGUCUCCUGGCAAUAUCACCUCUGCCUUUGAUUUCCCUAAGAAACAUCAAGCAGACAUUAUCAGUAUAGGUAUAGCAAGUAACGGGAAGUACAUCAUGUCUUGCGGUAGUGAUACAACAAUUAUCAUCUGGACAAUCAAAGGUGAAGUGCUGGAGAUUAUAGACACACAUCAGGUGAACAACUCCUUUGCUUGUGUUUCACCAUGUGGAAGAUUUGUUGCAUCUUCAGGAUUUACACCAGAUGUGAAAGUUUGGGAGGUAUGCUACAGUAAAAGUGGUGAUUAUAUUGAUACCAAGCGGGCAUUCGAACUCAAAGGACAUAGUGCUGGAGUUUAUAGUUUUUCAUUUAACAACGAUUCCAGUCGAAUGGCAUCAGUAUCUAAAGAUGGCACAUGGAAAUAUUGGGAUACUAAUGUACGAUAUGAGAUGAACCAGGACCCAUACCUGCUACACACAGGAAGUAUCAGUUACUCCGGCCAUUGUCACAUAGCUUUAUCACCAGAUGGCAGGACAGUCGCUGUAGGGGGAGAGAACUCCAUAACAUUUUUCAAUGCAAUUACAUGCAAAGAGGAAGAAAAUGUAGAUAACAUUCAUUUAGGUGGUUUGGUAGAUUUGAGCUUUGACACGACCAACAAAUACCUAGUGACUGCUGGCGAUCGCUAUGUACAUGUGUUUCAUAAUGUAACUGGUUACCGAGCAACAAUAGAAGAUCUCAUUGAAAAAGAGAAAAAGGCAUCUUCCCAAGCCACGAGGGAACGUGUUCGCCAACAGAUUGCAGAUGCUAGGUCAUCAUUAGACAGUAUACUCAGUCAGUCCAACGGACACGCCAACAGCAAGUAAUGGCUUCACAAUACAGACUCAGUGAUCUAGUACAUGGCAGCAUUCCUUAUAAGCUCUGGACUCUAUUUUUUAAAGUGACAAUUUACGUUAAUAUUGAUGGAGUGAGGUCUUCAGCAAAAACACCUUUGACUUUAAUUAAGUUUUCUGUGAUUUCAUUUAGUUUCAUCAAUUUACAUGUAUAAUUUCUGCAUCAUAAUGGGGAAUCUCGUGGUAUGCAGAUAUAAGAAGGUGUGGAUUUCAAAAUGGCAACACCCACACCAGUCACUGAAAAGAAGGCUUUUCUGGCUAUAUUAAAGUUUCAUUUAUAUCAUUAUUGAAUUGCCUAGCAUUAGUUACUAUGAAUUCUGAAAGUAAGCAGCUGAAAAUGAUCUUUCAAAUUUUGAUAAAAAUUGUAAGUAGGUACACAUGAUUUGAUGGUGUAUUAACUUGCUCCAAUUGAAAAUUUCUUUCAAAAUAUUAAAUCACACUUAUUAUUAUGAAAGGAAAGGGCAUGGUCAUUGAUUGCUGUUACAGUUGAGAAAUGAUAUGAAUGUAUUGCCCAUUAAUAACAUGUUAAUUUCGAGAAUUCAUAGUACCAUAUUCUCAGCAUUAUCAUCAGAUAAAAUGAUACAUGUAUGCCUUGAAUAGCCUGGUAUUUUCUGCUCCAUAUUGAGCUCUCCUUUGUGAUCCCCAAGCUGUCUGUAUUCUUUUCAUUCCUAAGAAAGGUUGUAAAUCCAACAUUGGAAGAAGAUUAAAGUUAUGUUUAAUGUUUUUGUUACAACUGAACACCUUAACAAUAUUUCUCAUAUUGGUCUCAGAAAACUUGGGGUAGGGCAAAGGGUUCGAAAUGAAAAUAUUUGAAAUGCUUGCAUGUCAAAAAGGUACAACAAUGAUUGAAGUAUUUUGUAGGAAAUCAGUGCUGGUUUUCUGAUGAAACCUAAUUAAGUGGAUAUAUAUUUUCUAUUAUGAUUAUAAUUUUUUUUUUAAUUUAGAUGAAUAUUGAAGAAAUGUUAUAAAAAUCCUGAGUGAUUGUUUUAACAGCGAAGUUCUACUCAUGCUUAUCAAAUAAGUACACUCCAAUAUUUCUGUGUCCCUUCACUCAAGCGGAAAGACUGAAAUUUAGAUAUGUAAAUACAAUUUCAGUGGUCUUUUUCACAACUAGGCCAAUACUUACUAUUAAGUGCAUACAAAUUAUGCUUUAAUAAGUGUUAAUGUUAAUGUUCAAUAUACAUGCAUGCAUGCAUGUAUUUACUUUUUAUUUUAUACACUGUAUCUUGCUACAAUAUUUAUUUUUGAUAAAUAAUAUCAGCUGUAGUAAUACAUGGUGUAGAACGAAAAAUGUAUAGAACAUAUGUACGCAUGCAUGUACAUGUAAAAAGCAUGAAAGUAAAAUUUACAAAUGUGACGGCCUUGGUAAUUUGAUAUGGUUUGAUAGCUUUGAUUUUGAAAAAAAAAACUAUUUUCACCAGUUAAGAUUGAGACACAUGAGUUUCUUGUAAGGGAAAAGAAUCAGAAUUAUCGCAUGUCACAAUUAUAAGUGUAAACUAACUGUUUUUAUUUCAGUUAACAUAAUUACCAUUGAAAGGCUUUAUCACAGAAAAUAUCUGUUGCAAUAAUUAAAGCAUAAUUACAAAGCUUAAUGUCGUUAAUACUAAUUUAAUCCUGUCACACAUUACCUUGGGUAAUGGCUUUAGCUUUCCUUGCCAAUUACUUUAUAAAUCAUUAAUUGUAUACAUGGGCUAUUUUUUUUUAAGUUUCUUGUGAAACUUACCUAUGAUGGAAAACAGAUUUUGUCGAAUGACUUUGUCAACAAUUAAAUGAUUUCAUGCAUUCAUUUUCUUUCAGUUCUGUUCUAAUUUUCCAAAAUGUUAAUUUUUUGAGUCGAUCAUUCUGACUAAUUUGUUUAUAUAAGUUUUCUUAUGUUACAAAAGUUAUGACAGAGACACUCCUGUGUAUUGUGCAAUUGCAAAUACAAGUCCAAAUAAAAUAUGAACUUUAA